AUGGCAGACUCUGAAGCAUCUCGUGCAAAUCCCGGGUUGGCGGGAAAAACAGAGCCGAAAGCCCCAAUAGCUCCACAGCUGGAUAGCACCGUUGAAGACGCAUCCCCCCAGAGCGUUCCUGAAACAUAUAGAAGAAGCAGCCUACAAAAUGUCAUUAUUAUGGGAACCUUAUGUAGCGCGGUCUUUUUAGCCGCCCUCGACAUCACCAUCGUCUCCACGGCCCUACCAACUAUCUCAGACUACUUUCAGAGCACUUCUGGCUUCACUUGGAUCGGUUCCGCAUUUUUACUUUCAGCUGCUGUUGUCGCACCAAGCUGGGGCAAAUUUAGUGAUAUCUGGGGCCGGAAGGUGAUCUUGCUCAUCGCAGUGGCUACGUUUUUCUUCGGAAGUGCGCUAUGCGGGGCUGCGGUGAGUAUCUCGAUGUUGAUUGUCGGUCGGGCUAUCCAAGGAAUAGGCGGUGGUGGACUUCUAUCGUUGGUUAGCAUCGUUGUGGGAGAUCUUUUCUCUCAAAGGGAUCGCGGAAAGUAUUAUGGCAUUGUCGGGAUGGUCUGGGCGGUCGCGUUUACAUUGGGUCCUCUUGUGGGCGGUGCAUUCACUAAACAGGUCUCCUGGAGAUGGUGUUUCUACGUAAAUUUGCCAAUUUCUGGAACGGCAUUUGCCAUCAUCCUUUUCAUGCUCAAGCUGGAAACACCGAAAACACCAUUGGUCGCGGGAAUCAAAGCCAUCGAUUGGACUGGCACCCUGGCCUUGGUGGGUGGGACUCUGAUGCUCCUCCUGGGACUUCAAUUCGGAGGCACUGUUCAUCCUUGGAACUCGGUCACCGUCAUCUGUCUCAUAGUAUUCGGAGCCAUUACAUUGGCCAUCUUUCUUGUGGUGGAGCGGUAUCUUGCGCGAAAUCCUAUCGUCCCGCUACACAUAUACUCAAGCGUAUCCAACUUCGCCGUAUUUGUGGUCAACCUGUUCCACGGCAUCAUUUUGACAUGCAAUACUUAUUUCCUACCGCUUUACUGCCAGUCCGUCCUCGGAGCAGAACCUUUACUUUCCGGUGUCUGGAUGCUCCCAUUCGCGGUGUCUAUGUCGGCUGCCACCGUGGGUGCUGGGAUGUACAUCAAGAAAACUGGCCGGUUCCUCGACUGCAUCCGAGUCGGAUUUACCAUCCUACUCUUGGGGGUUGGGCUCUUAUACGAUCUUCCACGCUCCCGAACAUGGUCGAAAAUCAUUAUUUACCAGAUCAUUUCGGGGUUUGGCGUUGGUCUGAAUUUCCAACCUCCAAUGAUUGCAUUGCAGAGUAGCGUCCCCGCGCAGGAUAAUGCAGCCGCAACAGCGUCAUUUGGUCUCGUCCGUAACGUGGCCAGCGCGAUUGGCGUGGUGCUGGGAUCGGUCGCGUUUGCGAAUAAGAUGAAUGCGCGCGAGGAUUCGCUUGUCGAUGCUCUAGGCCCUACAAAAGCAGAUUUGUUUUCGGGGAGCAAUGCGCAGGCAAAUGUGCUGCUGAUCGAUACACUUCCCAUGUCUCAACAGAAGGUGGUGCGUGACGCAUUCUGGUUAUCAGUUCGCGACAUAUGGAUUCUUGCUAUGUCUUUCGCUGCUGCUGCAUUUUUAGUGUGCUUCCUCAUCCGGCAUAAGACGCUGGAGAAGAAGCAUGUAGAAGUGAAAAUGGGAUUGGCUGGAGAGGAAGAGCGACGAAAGAUCUUGUUGGCGCAGAGAGCUGGCAAAAAACAAGGAGGUUCCGAAUCAUCCUCUGCAUAA